AUGCAUCGACACGGCAGGAGGCAGUUCAGAUCUCAUCAUGGUCACAACCAACAACAAUCCGCCCAAGCACCUAUACAGGUACUUUCACCUGCAGGCGAUGAUGAGCCCUUGACGAUAACGAUGUUAGGAGCAGGCCAGGAGGUCGGUAGAUCAUGCUGUGUGAUAGAACAUCGAGGGAAGAAGGUGGUUUGCGAUGCGGGUUUACAUCCUGCUCAUCCGGGAUUAGGGAGUUUGCCAUUUAUAGAUGAGGUGGAUUGGUCGACGGUGGAUGCUAUUUUGGUGACUCACUUUCACGUCGACCAUGCGGCUGCUCUCCCAUAUAUAAUGGAAAAGACAAAUUUCAAAGAUGGUAAUGGGAAAGUAUACAUGACUCAUGCUACGAAAGCUAUCUACGGUUUGACAAUGAUGGAUACUGUAAGGAUCAACGAUCAAAAUCCCGACGUAUCAGGAAAACUGUAUGACGAGGCCGACGUACAAUCAUCCUGGCAAUCAACGAUAGCAGUUGACUACCAUCAAGAUAUAGUCAUCUCCGGUGGACUGAGGUUCACGCCAUAUCAUGCCGGUCACGUAUUGGGUGCAUCGAUGUUCAUGAUUGAAAUUGCCGGAUUGAAGAUAUUGUAUACGGGAGACUAUUCGAGAGAGGAGGAUAGACAUUUGGUGGUUGCUGAAAUACCACCAAUCAAACCGGAUGUUAUGAUUUGCGAGAGUACCUUUGGAGUGCAUACUCUACCUGAUAGGAAGGAGAAGGAAACCCAGUUCACCACCCUUGUAUCGAAUAUCGUUCGACGUGGAGGCAGAUGUCUAAUGCCAAUCCCCUCAUUCGGUAACGGGCAGGAACUAGCCCUGUUAUUAGAUGAAUACUGGUCUGAACAUCCCGAACUACAAAACGUCCCUGUAUAUUUCGCCUCGGGUUUAUUCCAACGGGGAAUGAGAGUAUACAAGACCUACGUCCACACGAUGAACUCGAAUAUAAGAUCGAGAUUCGCUCGAAGAGAUAAUCCAUUCGAUUUCAAAUUCGUCAAAUGGCUGAAAGAUCCCAAGAAAUUGAACGAACAUAAAGGUCCUUGUGUGGUCAUGGCCUCUGCUCAGUUUAUGUCUUUCGGUUUGUCGAGGGAAUUAUUGGAAGAUUGGGCGAAUGACUCGAAGAAUGGGGUGAUAGUCACUGGUUAUUCCAUUGAAGGUACUAUGGCAAGGACGUUAUUAUCCGAACCAGAUCAUAUCGAAUCACUGAAAGGAGGUACGAUACCUAGACGGUUGACAGUCAAAGAAAUCUCGUUUGGCGCGCAUGUAGAUUACGCACAAAACUCAAAGUUUAUUCAGGAGAUUGGUGCCCAACAUAUUGUCCUGGUUCAUGGGGAGGCAUCACAGAUGGGUAGACUGAGAGCUGCUUUGAGAGACACGUACGCGACAAAAGGUCAGGAGAUCAACAUCCAUACGCCCAGGAAUUGCGAACCGUUGGUUCUGACGUUUAGGCAGGAGCGAGUUGUCAAGGCUAUUGGAUCUUUAGCCGCCAAUCGACCGGUUCAUGGUACACCCUUGAAAGGUCUGCUAGUCUCGAAAGAUUUCUCUUAUACCCUACUAGAUCCUAAGGACCUGAAAGACUUCACUGGUUUGUCGACCAGUACUCUGGUGCAGAAACAAUCUAUACCGAUAGGUGUUGACUGGAGUGUAAUCAGAUGGCACCUAGAAGGGAUGUAUGGUGAAGUUGAGGAAGGCACGGACGAAGAGGGACGACCUAGCUUCACGAUCAUGAAUGCUAUCAAGGUAGUGCAGAUAUCGGAGAUCGUAGUUGAGAUACAGUGGUCAUCCAAUUCGAGUAACGAUAUGAUUGCGGAUUCUGCUUUGGCGGUAUUAUUGGGUAUAGAUGGAAGUCCAGCCACAGUGAAAUUGACGUCAACACCGCAUCAGCAUUCUCAUCAUGAUCAUUCGCACGAAACAGGGGAUUCGAUGACCAAUGGACAUUCUUACAGUGAUGUUAGUGGAAACGAGGAGUUCGACAGGAUACGGAUGUUCCUGGAAGCUCAUUUCGGUGAGGUUUCUGGACCGAACGUGACAGUUGCAGAGGGCGAGGAGGAUGAAUUGUUAGUGAUGACGGUCAAGAUUGAUGAGGUCAUGGCUAAGGUUGACCUGAUUUCAAUGCGUGUCGAAUCGGAUUCGCCUGAUCUGAAGAGAAGGGUGGAAACUGUACUUGAAAUGGCUCUGACGACCUUGAAACCAUUAUCAAGGUCGUUUAUGGGAUCGGGUGUGGACUUGAAUCUGGAGGAUAUCGCUGUCACCGCAUAG